ACCCUGCUUGGAUGGGAGGCUGGGCAGAGAGGCGCUCCUGAUGCGGGUUAAGCCGGAGCAGGAGGCGCGUGGGGAUGCGCCGGCCCUUCCCUGCUUGUAGAGACAGGAAUGCGUCCCGGUGCUGCUUUGUACAACUCACAGCUGUACAAAGGAGGAGGAGGAGGAGGAGGGGAUGGGAAGCGGGUGCCUCCUCUCUCUCUCUCUCUCUCUCGCUCUCUCUCUCUCUCCAGACACAUGCUCUCUAAGAAGACAUGUCGGAGGCUAUCCAAUGCACUCUGGUGAACUGCAGCUGUCAACGCUUCCAACCAGGGAAAAUAAACCAGCGACAAUGUGAUCAGUGUCGGCAUGGAUGGGUAGCACACGCUUUAAGUAAACUAAGGAUCCCAAAUCUCUGUUCCGCAAGCCAAGUGGAAAUAGUCCAGUCUAAUGUGGUCUUUGAUAUCAGCAGCCUCAUGCUGUAUGGAACGCAAGCCGUUCCCAUCCGUCUCAAAAUCCUUCUGGAUCGUCUUUUCAGCGUCCUGAAACAAGAAGAGGUCAUACACAUCCUCCAUGCUCUGGACUGGACACUUCAAGACUAUGUUCGUGGAUAUGUCUUACAGGAUGCUUCUGGAAAGGUCCUGGAUCACUGGAGCAUCAUGACUGGCGAAGAGGAGUUGGCGACUUUGCAGCAGUUUCUACGUUUCGGUGAAACAAAGCCCAUCGUCGAGCUCAUGGCAAUUCAGGAGAAAGAGGGGCAGUCUGUCAUCAUCCCGUCUGCAUCGGCUAACAUGGAUAUAAGGGCAUUCAUUGAAAGCUGCAAUCAGAGGAAUCUAGCCUUGUCUACAUCUUUAGACAAAAUUAACCCUGUGAACAUCCAUCACUUCGAAAAUGUGGUGCACAACAUGGCUUUCAUGCUGCCGUUUCAGAUUUUUAGCCCGGUGCCUCCACCUCUUAUAGGUUCACCUCCUGAGAGGCUUCUGAUGGAACAACCUCAGGAUAGCAAUGAUCUGAAGCCAGAUGUUCGUACACCGUUUUCAGAAAACAUCUUCUUGAUGCCCAAUGCUUCAUUUCAAGCUGAAAAAGAGAAGGCUGCGACCAGUCCAGAUACCAUGAAGCCAGAGCAGGAUGUUUCCCCAAGGGAUAUGAACUCUCCGAAUGCCGACGCAAGGCUCGAAGUGAGCCAGGUUUCCCCACAAAGUCAGGCGAAAUCUAUUGAAAAGAAUGGAACCGGGAUGAGGAAAGGGCGUGUUUUUUGCACUGCGUGUGAAAAGACAUUUUACGACAAAGGAACGCUGAAGAUCCACUAUAAUGCUGUCCACCUGAAGAUCAAACACAAAUGCAUCAUUGAAGGCUGCAACAUGGUGUUUAGCUCUCUGCGAAGUCGGAAUCGCCACAGCGCCAACCCCAACCCUCGGCUCCACAUGCCUAUGAACCGAAACAACCGCGACAAAGAUUUGAGGAAUGGGUUGGCCGUCAACGGACUGGAAGAGAUCAAAAAGACGGAUUUUCCCUUAUUACCUCCAGAUAACAGAUCGGUUCCUAGCUAUGGAAGUUCUUGCAUUGAGUCCAAAGUGCAACCAGGUUUUCACGGCGCUGGACAAAACGGCAUUCUCUUUCCAAACCUGAAGACAGUCCAACCAGUUCUUCCUUUCUAUCGCAAUCCGGUUGCUCCAGCAGAGUUAGCAAACACACCGGGCAGCCUUCCUUCUCUCCCUCUGGUUUCCUCCUCGACGCCUGAGCCGUUGGUUUCCAAUGAAUCGCUUUUUGGGGUGCUGCCUAAGAAAAAAUCCCGUAAGUCUAGCAUGCCCAUCAAGAUAGAGAAGGGAGCUGCUGAAAGAGCAAGAGUUGUGAAUGAAGUUGCCAGCUUGGAAGAUGACUUACCUCCACAAGUGGUCCGUGAAGGGCAAGCGGAGAUGCAAAAGUCCAGGGGAGAACACAAUGUGAACCAUUCUGUAGACAAGCAAUCCCAUUCAGAGGUAUCGUGGAAAUCUUUUUCUGAAGUUGAAGAACCAAAAUCUUUCAAGUCAAAUAAGCUGGGCAUCAAAGCAGAUGAAUUGCAUCACUCCGAGAAAAAGGAUAAGCUAGAACUGAGCAAAUUGUUACAAACAACUCCGAGUGAAAAUGGAUGUGAAGAUCUAAAUCAGCAACGUGAUGGAUUCAAAGCAGCUGCCGAAGCCCAUGGCUGUCUUAAGGGGCAGUUGAAUUGCAAGGUUUUUGGGAAUGACUUCUCUGAGUUGCAUCUCCACUUGCUGCGUGGGAGUGGGUUCGGAUCACUCUCCAGUAGAAGUGCAGCCAUUCCUGGGUCCGAAGCCUUGAAAGAUAUGGAUUAUGUCAAUCAACAUGCCCUGGGGCCUUCUAAGGGAGAUGGUUGCUUCCACUGUGACAUCUGUAAGAAGACUUUUAAGACCCCUUACAGUGUAAAACUGCAUUUCAAAAAUGUGCACCUCAAAGAAAUGCAUCUUUGCACGGUGCAGGGUUGUAAUGCUGCUUUCCCUUCUCGCAGAAGCCGGGACAGGCAUAGCUCCAAUAUAAAUCUUCACCACAAGCUUUUAACCAAAGAUCCCUUGGAAAUGAAGGAGAACUGCUUCGAUGAAACAUACCUCUUGAAGGACACGGCGAAAGAGGCUGUCCCAGAUGACUUCUCGAAAAGAGACCUCAGGCAACAGACAUCUGUCAUCUUUAAAGGGAUGAACAAAACUGGCAGCCUAGUCUUCCCAAUGAGCAAGAUGGGGGAGCCUUCUCCUUUAAGCUAUGGGUACGACCCAAUACAUGAUGGCGCCGUUCUGGAUUUGAGCACCACAUCAAGCGUCAAGUCAGAGAGCAGUGGCCAUUCUUGGGAUUCAGACGGAGGUGAGGACGAUGAUCCCAGAGCUUCAGAAGACAGCGAGGAAAGCUGUGAAAGUACCUGCUUAAUGCCAAAUGAAGAACUCUACCAAGACUAUUCUCUGAGAGACAACUCAGACCCAAGCUUCUCGAAUCUACCUUCCAGUUUGCCCAUUACCUGUGAUCUAUGCCAAAAAAGCUACAGCAACAAAGGGACUUUCAGGGCCCAUUACAAAACUGUGCAUCUCCGUCAGCUCCACAAAUGCAAAGUCCCGGGUUGCGACACCAUGUUUUCUUCUGUUCGGAGCCGAAACCGGCACAGUCAAAAUCCUAAUUUACACAAGAGCUUGAUCACGUCGACACACAGCCUGCAUUGACAUCCUCACCGUUCCAGAGCAACCGACCUUCUUUCUCCAGUCAAGCAUUUCAGAUCUUUCUUUUAUCUUUUCUGAUUUUGUAAAGGUGAUCUAAUAAGACCUGCCUGGUUUGCUGUGCUUCCAGUAUGUUUUACGCUGAGCCCACUGGAAACGCAAAGCAAAAUUCUGCGAUGCUUUGUCACUGAUUUAAAAUGUGCACAAUUUACUUUUUGAAAGUAUGGCUUUCACCACUUAGGUAUAGAUGUUAAUAACGCAAGAACAUUAAAAUGAGGGGAAGAUGGUGUUAAAAGCGAAAGGUGCUCUUCUUUUAUUUUUGCAAUAUGAGAUGCAGAGAAGAUAUGAGAUGCAAUAGACUCUCGGGCUGCAUCUACACUGUUAUAUAAUCCAGUUUCUGAAUCCCAGUUAUAUGGCAGGGUAAAAAAAAAAAUACACAUUUACACAGAGAUCAUUUGUAUAAUCCAGUUCAAAGCAGAUAAUCCAGUUUCACAAACUGGAUUAUAUGACAAUGUAGAGCCAGCCUCAUUUAACCGGCACCCAUGAAGCUUAAUAGAUGUUGGAUAAAUGUAGUUUCUGGUUGUUUGAGAGCCUCAGUUAACUGGCACCCAUGAAGUUUGUUAGAUGUUGGAUAAAUGUAGUUUCUGGUUGCUUGGGAUCUUCAGUUAACCGGCUCCCAUGAAGCUUGAUAGAUGUUGGAUAAAUGUAGUUUCUAGUUGCUUGAGAGUUGCUAUUAAAAUAGGCCUAAUACUGUAUCCCAUACUAUAGGUAAAGUAA